AUGCCGCCGGCCAACAAGGUCGUCACGGUUGCGCUGAUGCUGUUGCUGGUCUUCGCCAUUUUGGUCGGCAACGCCGUGACGCUGGCCGUGGUGCUGGGGACCAAGCACUUCCAUACACCGCAGGGCUACCUCAAGGCGUCGCUGGCGGUGGCUGACCUCGCCGUCGGCUUGUUCGUGGUACCGGUGUCCGUGUACGCGGAGGUGUCCCUCAUGCUGAGCGACUCCGCGCCAGAGUGGACGUCGUACAAUUCGCGGGCGGCCCGUUUCCACCCGUGCAACGUCAUCGGCCCCGUGUUCGCCGGCUGCACCCUGGUGUCCAUCACCACCAUAUUCCUGCUGACCAUCGAGAGGAGCGUGGCCGUGCUGCGGCCGCUGCACAAGGAGUCGGUGAUCACGCGUAAAAGGACCACCAUCCUCAUCGUCUUGUCGUGGGUGGGGAGUUUCUUCCUCGCGGUGGCGCCCAUGGUAUUUAGCAGCGACAUCGCGCUCGAGUACAACUCCUGCAGCCGGAUGUGCAAUUACGCACUGGGCAGCAUCGGCGAGCUGCCGAGCCAGGCGUGGAAAAUCCUCCUCCUCUUCCCUGCGUUUGACUUCACCCUCCUCGGCAGCACCGUCGUCAUUAACAUCAUCUCUCUGACCACCAUCAGACAGCAGUCAAAGCGCAGAAAACACCUGUCCGGGAGCGAGCGUCAGAGCACCAGCAAGCCCACCUUCUCCGACAUCAAGGCGGCCAAGACCAUCGGGACGUUGACGCUCGCUUUCACGGCGUCGUUCACUCCCAUCGCCGUGUUCGUCGUGGGGAAUGUCCUCGGCAACGAAUGGUGCAAUUUCUCCUUUUUCGCUUUUUGGGUAUUGACCAGCAACAGCUGCUGGAAUGUGAUCAUUUACAGCGUGAGAGACCAGAAGUUCCGGUUGCGCGCGCACAAGCUCCUGAUACCCUCCAUGAGCAAGAGCGCCUCCACGGCCUGA